AUGAAUGAUCCCACAUACACAGUCUUCGUCCGGCUACCCAUUCUACGGGGCGAGUUCGCGGACCCCCCUCCGGUCAACUGGGACUCCACCAAGGAUGAUGUGCUGUGGAACAUACUUUCUGGGGCAGCUAAGACGGAAAUUGACUGGAACGAACUGUUAGUAUCCCACGGACCUGGGCGACUCCCCCAUCAAGCUAACCUACUGUCCAGAGCUGCCCACUUUGGCGUAACUGUCGAUUUUCUUCUGCAACAAGUAGCUUACCUCACCGAGCGACACACCGCACAGCUCCGAGCUCAAGUCCGCAAGGCGACGGCCGCGGCAAAAGGCUCCGCCACCCCCUCUCCGAUUCCAGGCGCCGAGCCUCACUCCCACCAGAGAACUACGUCCGCUCUCUCCAUCCGUCGAGAGUCGCCCCUUCCUCGCAACGAUGCUAGUACACCGGCGACCCCAAUCACAACCUCCCUUCGACCGAACAUCUCUCGUAACGCUUCUGCUGGGACUAUAACACGCAACCUAGGUGAAGGUUCCUCAGGUCGCCAGAGCAAGCCUGCUGCUUCGCGGCCAUCCAACGAAGGUCAACGACGUCGGCUAUCGUCUUUACCGAUCCAGGCCACCCCUCGAAGCCCUGAACCAACAUCACCUCCUGACGAAUCGAGCUCCCCCACGUCAUCUGAUGAUGAGUCUAGCCCUGCACAGUCGCGCAUCAUUCGGCGCCCUCCGCGCUUCCAACAACGCGAUGGAGUGGUUGAUCUAGAUGAUGAAGACGAUGACGCCGAGCCCGCUUUCCUACAAUACAAACCGCAAUCCUCCAACGCAUCAGCACAAGACAUGGGUUCUACCCUGCGUGGUGACCCGCGGAAUCUGCGGCGGACCCCUAAGGGCAAAGAGAGGAUCCACCAUUCGGAGACGUCGGACUCAUCGACCAGCUCGCCAGCCCUGGUCUCCCGUGAUCCUUCAACGGGAGAGCGUCGGCCGACUGGUCCGCUCUCUCCUCGUCGGCCAGCAGAGCUUUCCGGCAAAAGCCCCAUUUCCAAGAGUAAGGGAUACUCACGGGAUGGUAGUGACGGCGGUACACCGAGUAUGGGUAGCAGCUUCAGUGACUUGGACGAUGCAUCAGUGACUCAAUCAGCUCUUGAAGAGGCCCUCGCGAGUAAGAUGCAAGACGGCGCCAUUGGAAGCAGGUUCAGCAUCAGCCAAGCGUUUAGGAGUCGCUAUAUGCCUAAGCCUGGCCAGCAAUAA